ACCCCACACACACAAUCGCUUUGACAACGCUGGAAGGUCUGGACCUGGAUUUGCUACCAAGUCAACAGUAAUACUUUUGAGAGCAGGGCACAUGUUUUCUUUACAUAUUCUUUAGAGAAGGCUAAUUUAAUUAAGGCUGUAUAAGAAUAAUGUUUUUUUUUAAGUACUAAUUUGUUUAAAAUUGCAAUUGUGUGCCCCCUUUGCAUUACGUAGCUUUGGUCCAGGGCGUUACCUGAGACCAAUGAUAUGUAUUGUAGCGACCCGCACAGACAGCGGUGUGUUAUGUGUUAGGCUAUUAGUGGGUUGUGUUGUACUUACCAGUGUUCGCGGGGUUCAUCAUGCCAAUCAACCUGCUAUCUGCCAAUCACGGGAAUGCCUGGAAUGUUCUAAUGCUGGGCAUCCUGGUGGUUGGCUGACUGGCAUGGAGGGGAGUUGGGCAGGGGGAGGGAGCAUUGGAAGUUAAGACCAGGUUUAGCCAUUGUUCUUUCUCUUAUGUCUGGACUUCACAAGAGAAGGUCACGGUUGGCUUGUGGGGUACCUUUCAUUUAUUUGGGGUAGGCUACGGCCAAACAGUGGCCUGUGUAAAGUUGAGUUAAUAAACCGUCAAUUUCGUAAAACUCAAACCUCUGUCUGGACAAUUGUUCCUUUAUGAUCUAGUCAGGUCAUUACAGUAUUAACCCUAGAUAACUGAACUGACAGUGGCGCUGUUUUGAAGCCACCAUGCAGCCAUUUUAUUCCUCCUCUGUCGUAAAAAAAGAAGAAGAAUAUUUUUGAAGCUAUAGAAAUGCAUUUUUUUUUAUUUUUGACAAGUAUAUUCCAUUACAGACACCUUAAAGCUGGAAUCCUUCACGGUGAAACUGCCACAUCCGUUUGCAAUAUUGCAACAGCAAAGAUGUACACUGCAAACAACUAACAUAUGAAUUCCAUUCAUUCCUAUGGAAGGACUGCUCCUUCUGGGGAGGGCCAAUAUUGCACUCCUCUCAUUGGCCAUUACAUAGCAUCAGAAAUCCAGGGUUUAUACACAUCAUUGACUGCAACUUGAGCUUCGAGCCACACAUAACAACCUGGACUAGAGCUAGCGUAACUGAAACCUGUGUAAAGUGUAAAUGUUUGACAGAAGUGCAACUGUCAUACCUAUACAUAUUUACAUUUAUCAGCCUACUUGUUGAUGUGCUUUAUUUCCCCUAGACUCACAACUGGAAGAAGUUAUAAUGAACACCGAGAGCCAGGUGAUCAAGUGCAAGCCAGCAGUAGCGUGGGAGCAUGGCAAACCCCUGUCUAUUGAGAGGGUGGAGGUUGCCCCACCUAGGGCUCACAAAGUGCGCAUAAAGCAAGUGGAAUGUGCCACACUGACUAGGGGUACCUCUAUGAGACUGGUGUAUGCAUGCAUCCCACUGGUUCUGGGCCACAAGGGGUCAGGCGUGGUGGAAGGUGCCAGCCCUGGAGUCUCCAAAUUCUCACCAGGUAAACCAGUAAGAAUCAUGUUUUUGCUUAAAUGUGAUGUCAAGACAAUUAUAGGAUUCCAUAACCCUCUUCGUGUUGAGCCUGGCUCCACAUGUGUAGUGCUCGGGUUGGGGGCUGUGGGCCUAGCUACAGUCAUGGGCUGCAAAGUUGCCGGGGCUGCCAGAAUCAUCGCAGUGGAUAUCAAUCCGGGCAAGUUUGACAAGGCUGAGGCGUUUUGGGCCACUGAGUUUGUGAACCCCAAGGACCACAGCAAGCCCACCCAGGAGGUGCUUGUGGAGAUGACCGGCAAAGGGGUGGACUUCGACUUCUUUCUUUUUUUAUCCUUUCAAAUGGUAAAAUUCAAAGCAAUUGGGCUACAGGUAAGACGGUUUGUGUGGUCACUCACCUCCGUUGUGGGUAUUGGCCCGCUAUACUGCCUGGAGAGGUGUAAGGAUCCCUGGGGUGUCUGUGUCGUAGGAUGGACAGAGAAUACACAUGCACAUGGUGUCAUUUCCAACAGGGUGGAAGCGUUUGGAGAGUGUCCCCAAACUCGUUGGGGAGUACAUGAACAAGAAACUUACCGUAAGCUGGAUGUGUUUGUGACCCACACUCUGACCCUGGAUCAGAUCAAUGAGGCUUUGGACCUCCUGAACGGUGGGAAGAGGACCUGAAGUGAGCAGUUUAUGCUCGAAAACCCACAACUGUCGCUGAAGCAGUGCUGCAUGGAAGAGUGGGCUGAAAUUCCUCCACAGCGAUGUGAGAGACUGAUCAACAACUACAGGAAGC